GUUGGUCCUCUCUCAUCUCCUCUGGGGAGAGCUGCUGGAAAAGGUCACACAGAGAUUGUGGAGAAACUGAUAUCUGCUGGAGCUGUCAUCAACUACCAGAACAAGGAUGGUGCUACUCCACUCUAUGUGGCCUGUCAAGAUGGACACAAGCAGGCAGUUGACGUUCUGUUGAAGAAUGGAGCAAUUGUUAAUCUGACCCGCACAGUAAGUUUUAUUGAGGAAACCUUUGGCACAUGAACAGAGAGGGUUAUGGUACUGCGUAUGUCUGG